AUGCCAGCUGAGUCCAGUUCUGUUGUUCCAACUGAAUCCAGUUCUGUUGUCCCAGCUGAAUCUAGUAUUGGCGAAUCAUCUUCUAUCCCAGUUGAAUCCAGUCCUGCUGCCCCAGUUGAAUCCAGUUCUGUUGUCCCAGCUGAGUCCAGUUCUGUUGUUCCCACUGAAUCUAGUAUUGGUGAAUCAUCUUCUAUUACGAUGGGUUAUAGUUCUGAAGUUACUAGUUCAUCAAGUAUUGAAGUAUCAUCAUCAGUUUAUAGUUCAACAUCUGCUCGUCAAAUGGUUUCAUGCUAUAUGAAUGGUAAAGUUGUUUCUAUUGUGGAUUAUGAAACUGGAAUUUGUGAGUUUACUCUUCCCGAUGCUUACGAUGCUUAUUUCCGUUAUGUUUCUUCUAGUAAUUAUGAUAUUAAGUAUUACUAUGCCAAGGUUAAUGGGGUCAAGUAUACUACAGACAUUCAAAAUGGAGGUAGAGUUAUUUCUGUUCCAGCUAAACUAUUGGUUAAUCAAGGUAUUGUGUUGUAUGUUGUUCAUUUGCAAAAAUCAUCAACCAGAAAGCUUAGAAGAGAUACUGAAGUCGGAUUUGAUUCUGUUGAGGAAUUUAUUAAAUCUAUUGCAGAUUCAGAAGGUACAUCUCUUGAUAUUACCAUUUCCAAUGGUUCAGUUGGAGAUGCUGCUAUGACUUUAACUUCCAUUGGUGAGUCUGGUGCUAUUGUUUGUGAAAUUAUCACCGAUGAAUCAGCUUCUACUUUAAUUAAUGCUUGCGAAUCUGUUAAUACACUUACUCAUGCUGAUUCAUCUGGUGAAGCACAUAUCACUCUGAGUGAAUGGAUUGAAAACACUGUUUCUACAGAUUCUCAUGUUGCUCAUGCUACUUCUACUGAUGUUGAAACAACCGUGGUUAAGAAGACUGUUACUUCAGUUAUUACUCAAUGUAGUAAUAAUGUUUGUUCUGAAAGUACUGCUACAUUGGUUAACUCAGGCAUUUCUUCUACAUUGAAUGAACAAACUGGUAUUGUAAUUGAUACAGAUAUAUCCAGUUUAGUUUCUGCUUCUAGUUCAUCAGAUCAAGCUGCUACAACUACUGACAUCCCAGCAGUUAUUACAGCUAAUGAAAACAGUGCAGCUAAAUCAGCUGCAGGAUUAUCUGUUGUUGGUAUUGUAAUUGUAUCCAUUUUGGUUUCUUUUGCUUAA